UUUUUAUGACAGCAACACAGCAUUGCUGUCAAGAAGAGUAAGAAAGAGUAGUGAGAGGGGCAUUUUGGUCAUUAGAUGUGAAAGAAGGAAGGUGAUCUGAAAAUAUUCACACAGAGAUAUGAGAGAACCGUCGUCGGUGGGAGUCGAAAGUACCGGCGUCGUUUCAUCGCCGCCUCAAGCGCUUCUCGAGAGACUCAAAGACUACGGUCAGGAAGACGUUUUCGCUCUAUGGGACGAACUCUCCCAUGAGGAACGCGACUUUCUCGUCAAGGACAUUGAGAGUUUAGAUAUUUCGAGAAUUGACCGGAUUAUUCGGUGUUCAUUGCGAUCUCAAGGGUUACCGGCAGCUGCCAUUGAACCUGUGCCGGAGAGCAGUGUUUCGAAGUUGGAGGAGCGAAGUCAAGAGGAACGAGAGAGAUGGUGGAAAAAGGGGUUGAAGGCUAUUUCAGACGGCAAGUUAGCUGUUUUGCUUUUAUCCGGUGGUCAGGGGACUAGGCUUGGAAGUUCAGAUCCAAAAGGAUGUUUCAAUAUUGGACUUCCAUCUGGAAAAUCGCUUUUUCAACUUCAAGCUGAGAGGAUUUUGUGUGUGCAGAGAUUAGCUGCUCAAGCUACAAAUGAGAGUUCUGCUUCUUCAGUGCAAAUACACUGGUACAUAAUGACUAGUCCCUUCACUGAUGAGGCAACACGCAAAUUCUUUGAGAGUCACAAAUUUUUUGGUCUUGAAGCAGAACAGGUUACAUUUUUCCGGCAAGGGACCAUUCCGUGUGUUUCCAAGGAUGGUAGAUUUAUUAUGGAGACUCCAUAUAGGGUUGCAAAAGCUCCUGAUGGGAAUGGUGGAGUGUAUUCAGCUUUGAAGUCUACCAAAUUAUUGGAGGAUAUGGCCUCAAAAGGAAUUAAGUAUAUUGAUUGCUAUGGAGUUGACAACGCACUGGUUCGAGUUGCUGAUCCAUCUUUUUUAGGUUACUUUAUUGAUAAAGGCGUCGCUUCAGCAGCAAAAGUAGUGCGCAAGGCAUAUCCACAAGAAAAGGUUGGGGUGUUUGUACAGAGAGGUAAAGGUGGUCCUCUUACUGUAGUUGAAUACAGCGAGUUGGACCCAUCACUAGCUUCCACAGUCAAUCAAGCAACUGGCCGUCUUCGAUUUUGUUGGAGUAACGUUUGCUUACACAUGUUUACUUUGGAUUUUCUAAACCAAGUGGCAAAUGGCCUUGAAAAGGACAGCAUUUACCACCUUGCAGAGAAGAAAAUCCCUUCCAUACAUGGAUAUACUAUGGGAUUAAAACUUGAACAGUUUAUAUUUGAUGCAUUUCCAUAUGCUCCUACAACCGCACUUUUUGAGGUAUUACGGGAGGAGGAGUUUGCGCCUGUAAAAAAUGCAAACGGCUCUAAUUAUGACACUCCAGAUAGUGCUAAACUGCUUGUUCUUCGACUCCAUACUCGUUGGGUAGUUGCUGCAGGUGGCUUCUUAACACAUUCAGUGCCCUUAUAUGCAACAGGUGUCGAAGUGUCACCACUCUGUUCAUAUGUGGGUGAAAAUCUGGAACCUAUAUGUCGAGGAAGAACAUUUCACGCACCUUGUGAGAUUACGUUUUAGUUCUACCCUGUUUUUGCUGCUUAUAUUACAAUGAAGGAGUUGUCAGUCCCAUACAUGACUAUGUAUGCCACUCAUCAUUCACGUGUAACAAUAUUUCUGAUUAUCUGUAUCUUUUCCAAUCUGUUUCUGAUUGGCUUUAUUUUAUUUUAUUUUAUUUUUCAUAUUUGAUUUGUUUUAGUGUUGCUAAGUAAUGUACAUGUAUCAUAUUUUUACUGACCAUUUAUUUGCCCAUGCAAAAUCAAAUUUGUCGUCCCAUUUUUCUUCUA